AGUAGUCACAUUCGCACGAGUUGAAUCACUUUUCUUCCCGACGCUACGUCGUUCCCAGCUACCUUCACCCUUUUCUCUCUCCGCGAUUUCACACUCAUCUCAAUCUCUCCGUGCUCUGUUUUUUAGGGUUAGGGUUUGGUGAUUUUCGAAGAUGGAAAGACACAGGGGAGAGCGAUACGGCAACAACCAAGAUUCACCCCACUACAGGAACUCCAGAGGCCCCCCUCGCUCCUCCGAUGGCCCCAUCAACCACCACCACCGCCGUAGCCCUAACAAUUUCCGCGGUGGAUUUUCCGGAGCCGGACAUAAUCACCGUCCUUUUGACAGCCCCCCUCGUUACCCUCCCAGCGGCGGCGGUGGAGGCGGAGGAUUCCGCCCGACGAUGGGCGGUGAAGGAGGAGGCGGUGGAUUUGAUUUCAAUCACGAGAUGCCUCUCUCCGGCCAGAAACGAGGGCAUCCUUUCUCAGGCAGAGGAGGUUCUCCAGACCAUUUUGAUGGCGGUGCCUUUGCCAAGCUCUUUGUUGGAUCUGUUCCAAAAACUGCCACUGAAGAAGAUAUCCGCCCCUUGUUUGAAGAACACGGGAAUGUGUUAGAGGUUGCUUUGAUCAAAGAUAAGCGAACAGGACAGCAACAAGGAUGUUGUUUUAUAAAAUAUGCUACUUCAGAAGAAGCUGAUAGGGCCAUAAGAGCAUUACACAACCAACAUACUUUACCUGGGGGAGUGGGUCCUAUCCAAGUUAGAUAUGCUGAUGGGGAACGCGAACGCCUUGGUGCAGUUGAGUACAAAUUAUUUGUCGGCUCACUAAACAAACAAGCUACAGAAAAGGAAGUUGAGGAAAUUUUUUCACCUUAUGGUCGAGUUGAAGAUGUCUAUCUCAUGCGUGACGAAUUGAAGCAGAGUCGUGGAUGUGGAUUUGUUAAAUAUUCUCAGAGAGAAAUGGCAAUGGCAGCUAUAAAUGCUCUUAAUGGAAUAUAUAUAAUGAGAGGUUGUGAUCAACCAUUAACUGUUCGAUUUGCUGAUCCUAAGAGGCCUAGAUCUGGAGAAUCAAGGGUGGGUGGUCCUGCAUUUGGGGGUCCAGGCUUUGGCCCUCGGUUUCAAGCACCUGGGAAUAGACCACCGCCAAAUCUUGUCGAGCCUAUGCGUGGUGGUAUUCCACCUAAUGCCUGGCAUCCUAUGAGUCCACAGGAUCUGGGACCAGGUUCUAAUGCUCGCAUGCAUGGUUUUGGGAGUCAGUUGCUCCCUAGGUCUGGUGAUAUGGCAAUGCCUUCAACUCCGGGUGGUCCCCUGAGUGGCUCUGUGGAUGGUUCCUUUCCAGGACUUGCAGUUUCAUCUUCUGCAUUACAACAGAGCUAUAAUCAGUCUUUGUCACAAGCCCUAUCUAUUGGCCAGCAAGUAUCACCAUUACAGAAGCCACUUCAGUCACCACAGCAUUUGCCAUCUUCCCUGCAGCUACAUCCUCAUAUUCCAUCAUCUUACUCGCAGACUGAAACUUCCAAUGCACCACUCCGGCAACUUGGUCAACUGCAGUUUCCACAAGCUGCUAAUCAAAUCCCCUUCAGUCAGGCGUUUCCAUCACAACAGUUGCACGGUUUGAGUGGACAGUUACCUGUUUCUCAGCCUCAUAUCCAGCAGAAUGCCUCAUCUGCUACAGCACAAGCCCCUCAGAGUUCUAACUUGCAGCCGCAUGCUCUUUCUGCUAUGGCAAACCAACAGCAGAUUCCCGUUCCUGUUCAGCAACAAAUGCUUCAGCCAUUACAUCAGUCACCUUCUCAAUUAGCUCAGAUGUUGUCACAACAGACACAAAAUCUACAGGCAAGCUACCAGUCAUCUAAGCAGGCAUUUUCUCAGCUUCAACAGCAGCUGCAGUCGAUGCAACCAUCUAAUCAAAGUUUAACAUCACAGCAGAGUUCUCAGGCUGCUAAACAGCAGCCUUCAUGGACUGGGAUUGUACAACAGACAGUUUCCAGCACCCCUGCGGUUGCACCAGUAGCCGAUGUGCCCCCUGCUACCUCUGCUGCUCCGGUUGUUUCUGUGACAAACCAAGCUGUAGCUCCUGUAAAAUGUAAUUGGACAGAGCACACCUCCCCCGAUGGAUACAAGUACUAUUACAAUAGCACAACCGGUGAAAGCAGAUGGGAGAAACCGGAGGAGUUGGCAUUAUUUGAGCAGCAGCGACAACCAAAACCAUCAAUUCAACAGCCUCAGACGCAAUCUCACCCUCAAGGUCUGUCUAUACACCAAGUUCCUCAGGCACAAGUGCAGCUUCAAAACCAACUUCAGACACAGCUUCAGAUGCAACCCCGCCACCCGCAGCAAUUGCAGCAAACUUCUUUAUCUUCCCCAUAUCAGGCUUCUGGAGUUUCCAAUCACCAGACUAUCCAGGAAGUUGGUUAUCCGCAACAGGUAGCAGCUAGUUUAGUCAAUGAUCCCACACGCUUCCAGCAGGGGCUUCAAGCUGCCCAGGAAUGGAUGUGGAAAACCAAACCUGCAGGAACUUGAAGCGUACCAGAGGCAGAAAAUUGGUGAUAAAGUGGCUGAUCGAAGAAUGUUGCUCGAGUUAGAACGGAAUCAAAUUCUGACAAUGGAGAAGCCGGCAGGCAUGAAUGCUUUUAAUUUAAAUGCCUUGCGGCAAUGUGGAACAAAAUUUUCGUAUCAUCAUAGUGAGGUUUUACAGUGUCAACGUAACUAGCUUAAUGAAUUAAAGAUUCUGCGUCUUGAAUUUGCAUGGUCCGACUACCUCCUCUGCUCAGUGUUAUGAUAACUUCUUGUAAUAAUCUUUUGCUAUCAAUGAGUUAUUGAAGCUUAAACCUGUA